AUGGAUCCCGCGGACAUGGACGCGUACACGGAGACGCUGUCGUGCAUCGCCAUGGCGCCGUUGGCGUGUCUCACGAUGCCGCAGGUGUGGAAGAAUUUCAUCAACAUGACGACGGGGGACGCGGCGGCGAUCGGGGCGGUGUCGUGGCAGGCGUACGCGGCGGGGAUGUUAGGGAAUUUGCUCUUGUUGUCGUACUUUGCGGAAAAACGAGAGCGCGCGGCGACGGGCGCGCAGGUGGUGGGCGUGGUGACGAGUUUUUUUUUGCUGUCGCAAAUCGCGUGGAGCGGGAACAUGCAUAACGUCGCUCCGGUGGAGAUGCUCUUGACGAGCGCGUUCGUCAUCGGUGGUUCUUCGCUGUCGGUGGCGCGGUACUUUGAGUACGCACACGGUAAUCUCGGUGCCAAGGCGUGGGAGCUAUAUACGGCGACGUUGGGCGUCGUCGGCGUUCUCACGGCUCCGACAAUAAUCUCACACGCUCUGGCGCCAGGCCUGGGAUGGUUACCCACCGAGAUUAUGGUCUUAGCGCUCUUACUCGCCGCUCGUGCAGAAAAGCUCCCGGAAAAGUGGUCCGAGUGUUCGGGCUGGACCGCCAACGUGCUCUUCAUGUCGAUGCCGGUUGUACAGAUCGCGCAAAAUUUACAAAAUCCAGAGAACCUCCAGGGACUCUCCGCGCUCACGUCGGUUUUCAUCACGAUGGGUAACGCUCUAAUGCUCGCUCGGGCGAUAUUCGUGAAGGAUUUUGUCUGGAUCGUUGGAUCCGCGUGGGCUACUUACGUCGGCGGCUUCGGGGUUCUGGCGACGCUGUUUCUUCUCACCAAUCCGAUGACCUCUGAACGAUACCUAGGCGAAUUCGAGUUCAUCGCCAUCACCGUGACGUUGAUUUUGUACACCGCAAUCGUGAUCGGAGGCCAGCUCCAAGCGCGACUCGCGCAGGGCGCCGCAUCGGAGUCUCCCGAUGGCGAGUAA